AUGCCUCUGCUCCAUCUCCCUGCAGUCGAAGUUUCUGCAUUUGUGCUUGAGGUGCUGGAUGAUUCAGAUUCCUCAGUCAAAGAGCUUGCUCUUUUAAUGCUUGUUGAAAUGCUUAAAAAUCAGAAAGAUGUCAUGGAAAGUUCAGUCAACAUUGUUAUUGAAAAGCUGCUUAAUGUAAUAAAGGAUAGAGUUCCUAAGGUAUCCAACAUUGUGAUGUUCAUGUUUCAAAUGAAGCAGAGCACUGUCUUUGUCACUGGUAAUGCUAAUGGGACUGUCUUUGUCACUGGUAGCUCUAAUAAUCUUGCUAGGGUCUGGAAUGCUUGUAAACCAAGUGUGGAUGAUACUGAACAGCCAAAUCACGAGAUAGAUGUGUUAUCUGGGCAUGAAAAUGAUGUAAACUAUGUGCAAUUUAGUGGAUGUGCACUAGCAUCUCGAUUUUUCACAUCUCGGCCUGUGCGUCACUUGGCAUCAGUUGCAAUGCAAAGAUCAUAUCCAAGGGAGAUGGAAUAUCUGUUUAUGCUAGAGCAUUAG